UCUAGACAUCAUGGGCCAGCCCAUUAACCCGCAGUGCCGGAUCUAUCCUGAGGAGAUGAUCCAGACUGGAAUAUCCGCCAUCGACGGGAUGAACAGUAUCGCCCGGGGGCAGAAGAUCCCCAUCUUCUCUGCCGCGGGUCUCCCACACAAUGAAAUUGCAGCGCAGAUCUGUCGUCAGGCAGGGCUGGUGAAGAAGUCCAAAGACGUGAUGGAUUACAGUGAGGAGAACUUUGCCAUUGUGUUUGCUGCUAUGGGGGUUAACAUGGAAACUGCCAGAUUUUUCAAGUCGGACUUUGAGGAAAAUGGCUCCAUGGACAACGUGUGUCUCUUCCUGAACCUAGCCAACGACCCCACGAUUGAACGCAUCAUCACUCCGCGCCUGGCACUCACCGCCGCCGAGUUCCUGGCCUAUCAGUGUGAGAAGCACGUGCUGGUCAUCCUGACGGACAUGAGCUCAUAUGCAGAGGCUCUCCGGGAGGUGUCCGCGGCCCGUGAGGAGGUUCCGGGACGUAGGGGCUUCCCGGGGUACAUGUACACGGAUUUGGCCACCAUCUACGAGCGGGCGGGGCGCGUGGAGGGCCGGGGCGGGUCUAUCACACAGAUACCCAUCCUCACCAUGCCCAAUGACGACAUCACCCACCCCAUCCCGGAUCUGACGGGCUACAUCACAGAGGGGCAGAUCUACGUGGAGAGGCAGCUGCACAACAGACAGAUCUACCCUCCCAUCAAUGUCCUCCCAUCUCUGUCCCGGUUGAUGAAGUCUGCCAUCGGGGAGGGAAUGACCCGGAAAGACCACUCUGACGUGUCCAACCAGCUGUACGCCUGCUACGCCAUCGGGAAGGAUGUCCAGGCCAUGAAGGCCGUGGUGGGGGAGGAGGCCCUGACCUCCGAUGACCUCCUGUUUCUGGAGUUCCUGCAGAAGUUUGAGAGGAACUUCAUUGCCCAGGGAGCCUAUGAGAACCGCACCGUGUACGAGACCCUGGACAUCGGCUGGCAGCUGCUGAGAAUCUUCCCCAAGGAGAUGCUGAAGAGAAUCCCGCAGACCAUCCUAGCCGAGUUUUACCCUCGAGACUCCAAACAUUAACUCCUCCCCUUCCCUCUCCUCACACCACACCCCCCUGCCCCUCAGACAUCAAUCAGUAUCAUUAACUCCUCCCCCUCUCCCAUCCUGCCAAUCGUCCCUUGUUCUAGGACAGGGACCUUUGCCACCUUCUCUGGUACACCUCCUUAGGGUUAGUGUUCUAUCCACAACAACCUCAACUAUUCAAUAUUCAAGAUUCAAGCUACUUUAUUUGUCACAUGCUCAUACAAAUAUGUACAGUGAAAUGUUACACCCCUCCCUGGUCUUACACCCUCUAUAUACCCUCUAUACCCACCUAUAUUUAAUACUAGAAAAUUAAAUAUUAUAUACAUAUUAAACAUGCCCUUCUAGUCACACCCACCCUUGUUGCUCAACUCAAGACUCAUGCCCG